AUGGAUAAUUUUGAUUUAUUGGAUAUGAUAAUAAUGGACGAAAUGUUACUGGCACAAGCGGAGGAAACUAUCUUCAAUGUGAUUAAUGGAUUAUUGGAUUUUAACAAUCAUUUGUUAAUGGAUGAUUUUUUUUUAUACGACGGAGAUUUGGAUGGGGAUGAUGUGAAUGCACGGGGUGAUCCACCAACUCGAAUUAAUAAUUAUUAUGAGGAAGUGAUUCCUGAAUACGAUGAUGAGCAAUUUUAUUUGCAUUUUCGCAUGUCACGAGAAGCAUUCAUAGAUCUACAAGAGAUUAUUUCUCUGCAUGUACGUAAUUUGAAUGACCCAAUACCACUGAUCAUUUUAAUUCUAUCUCAUAAUUUACUUCCAAAUUUUAUUUCUUGGCCAAAUGAUGAAGAAUCUGCAUUAAUUGAGAAUGUAAACUUAAUUAUAUCAUUCUUUAACUUUAACUUUGAUGAAAUUAAUUUAUUCAUUUUAAUCAGAAAACGCUCCAAGAUGGCGGCGGAUACGGAAAUUGCUGAUAAGUGUGAAAGUACUUUUAAGUGUCACUCGAAUAUGAAAGUGCCAAAAAUUGUCAUAUGUAUUGUGUGUGAAAGUGUUUACCAUGAAGGAGACUUUAAUCGUUAUAAAAAGGGUUAUUUUGUGGGCAAACGACUAGUUGUUUGUCCUGAUCACUGCGAGGAUAACAUAACCUCACUCGACCACGAGGCACUGGAUGAAAAUGCGAGGAAAAUAAUAGCACAAAUCAAACAACACGAGAAAGAAGACCUAAAAACCUGCCUGAGUAGUAGUGUAAUGCUGAACAUGUCACAACAAAAUGAUAUAAUGAAUAAAACGAUAAUACAUGAUGAAGGAGAUAAGUUAGUGAGUGCUAAAAUGGAAAUUGAACUGCUACGGGAACUAAACCAGGAAUUAAAAAGUAAAAAUAUGUUACUGUCUGAACUAUUAGAAUACAACAAAGCGGAGAUAAUUAAGUCUAAAUCUUAUGCUGACACGCUGAGAACAAAUAAAAAUGAAAAAUUAUCGGACAACAUUCCAAAUAUUGUAAUAAAAGCUAUAAACAGAGAAUCAGCUAAGUCAUGUGAACAGACUUUUAAAAAGAAUAUCUCUGCAAAUACCAGUGCUCAAAUAAAAAAUGUAUUGACUACCAAGACAGGUACUGUUAUUGUUAAGUGUAAAAAUAAAGAAGAUGUCUCAAGAACAAAAUCUAUACUAUUGGAAAAACUUGGUGAAAAUUAUGAAGUUGAUCAAGACAAAAUGAAUUUACCUAAGAUAAAAAUUUUCGACAUUGAUAAUGAUAUGGAUAAAGAUGAAUUAAUUGAAGACAUUUGCAAUAGAAAUAGUGUAAUGUUCGACGGAAAUUUUAAAAUUGUAGCUGAUUUUACUAGUGGUAAUAAAAAACGUAGCUUAAUACUGGAAGUGUCAACAAACAUAUACUUAAACUCCAAAUUUAACAAACUACUGAAAUCAACUGAAUAUCCUAUUCAACCACGGCUGCCAACCCACCUUGGAAAAGUACUUGAGCCGAAGAGGUCGGCAACGCAGAUCUAG